CACGUGCGCGCGUGUUCGCGAGGUGGGGGGGGGGGUGUCACUCGUGUUUCGUGCCGCGGGUGCGAAGCGCCCUCCGCCGCUCCCGCCCGGCCAUGCCCCUCUCCGCCUCAUGCCAGCCGCGCCCGGAGCCGAGGCUCGGCCCCUCCCCAGAGGAGGGGCCCGGCGGGGCGGGUGGCGAGCCAGCCCUGGCCGCCGGCAUCGGGGCGAGAGGCAGCUGGUCCUGCCCGGUCCCUGCUCCGAGCCCAUGGCCGGGCCCCAGCUCAGCCGGCGGGACGGGGACGGGGACGAGGACUGGCAGGAGGUUUAUUCUGCGGUACAAUGGAUCCAGUUUGUCAUGGCCACUUUAAGUGUUACAGGCUCCAGCUCCAUCAUUGCCUACGCCGUCUUCCAAAACACGGUGCGCUCUCCGGAGGUGCGCCCUCUUUUCUACCUAAGCCUCUCUGACCUGUUCCUGGGGGUUUGCUGGCUUGCUGGGGCUCUGCUCUAUAGCAUGCAAACCACAAAUCAGGAUAUCAUAUGCUAUAACCUGCAAGCAGCUGGGCAGAUUUUCUAUAUGGCUUCUUUUCUCUACACCAUUAACUAUACCUGGCAUCUAUACAUGGAUUUGAAAGUGAAAUACAGUCAGAACCUUCACAGGAUGUCCUCUUUGGUUUUAGACUAUGGUAGUUGUCUUGGCCGAACAGCAACAAUUUUGUGCAGCUUGAUCCCUUUCCUACUUAUGGUUCCUGUGUUUUGCCUGGGCAACGGUAGUGAUUGCUAUGGGAACUUCAGUCAGAAACAUGGGUGUCUCCUGAUGCACACAGAAUUAACCAAACCCACUGGUCAGCUGCAACCUGUUGGUGGCUCUCUUUGUUCUGUGAUAUAUUUGUAUGGCAUCGGGAUCUUCCUGAUCUCUUUCUGGGUCAGCUUCAUAGCCAUUCUGGUUCUACUCAUUCAAGCCCGAGGGUUGUACAAAAGAUAUGUAAACUCAUCAGGAUUCUUGGGCAGUCAGCAGUGGGCAGUGAUUAAGAUGGUGGAACAAAGAGUGGUUUUUUACCCCAUCGCUUACUUCUGUUGCUGGGGUCCAGCUGUCCUCCUUGGAAUAAUGAAGUUGACUGUUUCAGAGAACAGCAGACUCUACAUGGCUCUGUAUAUUCUGCAGGCACUCACUGCAGCUUCCCAGGGGCUCUUAAACUGUAUCGUGUAUGGGUGGACCCAGAAUGCAUUCCAGUCCAUGAAACGCAAAGCCUGCCGUGACGUUGACACGCAGACACCUCUCCUGCGCUCCCAGAAGAAGUUUUAUGCCAGCGUGCCCAACCCCAGCACCCAGGCAGUAGCAGUAUCUACAUCUACAGUGCUCUGACAGUUCUCUGUCAGCAAAGAGGAAUAGAUGGCCUGCUACCUUCCAGCCCUGGCCUGGUCACAUCUGGUAGAUGUCAGGCAGACGCACUUUCUUGACUGGAAUUAACUUAACUGCUUUGUCAGUUAUAGGCAUGAAGAGUUGCAUUUAGGCUGGCGGGCCUGUACAAAUCUGGAUGGAGAUGAACUGUUCUCAGUGAAGAUUGUUAUUUAUUUCAUAGGGUUUUUAAUGCAUUAUUUUACCUUGUAAUAUAUUUAGUGCAGUCUCUUCUUUAUGGAAAUAUCUGAGAGUUGCACAGAUUGUUACGGUGUCUCAGUCCUUAACUGCCUCUCUCAUAAGGAGAGAUGGCCAGGGGAUAUUUUUCUUGCCUAAGUGAUUGUCACAUUGUACUGACAAAUUUCUGACAAUAAAGUAAAGAGGAAUAUUUUAAAA